UCUAGCUGUGUUGCCACCUGUUCCUCAUUCCCUCAUGUUCCUGUCUGUGUAUUCAGUGUGUGUCAUCUUGUGCUCAUUGCUGGUUCGUCUGUGUUGUUUCCCCAAGUAUCCCUGCGUCUCUAUUUAAAGGUUUCUGGUAUGUUUUUGUUAGUUUUUCCAGUUCAGGUUAUCUUAGUGUAGCCAGGUGGAAGGUCAGUAUUAUGGGACAUGCCACUGGAUGGCGCUGUUUCUUUUGGGGUACCUCUGAGAGCGCAAGAGAUGAUGAUGGGGAUCUACAGAGACAUUCACGGAAGUGCUAGCUUGCAUUGGUGUAAUGUGGGUGUGUAAUGCCCACAAUGUAAUCACGACGGUUUUUCGCUGCGUGAUCUGUUUGAAACGCAAAGUGUGGAACAGUUAAAGCACCAGAAGUGUCUGCAACCGACUUCAACCAUUCAUCUCAGAGGGAUCUGUAUUCCGUUUUUCUACUGGAUUAAUGCACUUAUGCAUUGGGUGGAUGAGACAAGAAGUGUGUUUUGUGGGACAGAGAUGUGAAGAACACUGGACGCACGUGUGUUUCUCUUCUGACUGUGAAGCUUCAGAGUGGCAACAAGAAAAGAUACACCUGCCAGUUUGACGAUAACAAUACUGUGAAGAUAGAAGCUCACUACACACCUGUCCUCAUAGGUACCCCAGAUCGGUCUCCUCUGAACUACAUCACGUGGGCUCUUCGCUUUGUAGGACUCACAGUGAUGAUUGUAAUCACGGUUCUUGUGAUCAGACACAAAGGAAGGAAAAAGCCACCUGAAGACACGAAUGUACAUUAUGUUGGUGACCGUGAUGAUGACACAGUGAACUAUGAAAAUUGGGCGUCAGUGAAACCGAACACGUCUUGUAUCUAACACCUGGAAAUGAUGUCAUUAUGCCCUGUGACAAUGUUCCUGAUACAUGCUCCAUGGUUAUCUGGGCUUACAGCAAACACGGGUCUCAGACAAUCAAUAUGGUUCAUAAUGGAAUUGUUGAGAAGAACUCAGCUCAAGCUGACAGACUGAGUCUGCACAGUAACUGUUCACUGAGUAUUAACAACAUCACUGCAGAGGAUGCCGGCCAAUACUUCUGUCGGCCUGAGGGGACCGCUGAUCAGGACACAAAUGUGGACCUAAAUAUUUUGACCAUUUCAGCAUUUCCAUCAGACACUGAUCCAAAGGAGGAUGGAAACGUCACGUUAGAGUGCUCUCUGUUUAGAUACUAUCCCUCUCCUUGUAAAGAAAACAGUAUGCGUUGGGUGGAUGAGACAGGAAGUGUGCUGUGGGACAGAGAUGUCAAGAACACUGGACGCACGUGUGUUUCUCUUCUGACUGUGAAGCUUCAGAGUGGCAACAAGAAAAGAUACACCUGCCAGUUUGAAGAUAACAAUACUGUGAAGAUAGAAGCUCACUACACACCUGUCCUCAUAGAUUCCACCCCAAACAAGGCUUUCAUCAUCAUUGGUGCUGUGAUGCUGGUGCUGGUGGUUGCCGUCAUCGCUGCUGUUUUCAUCAAAUACAGGAGGCGUGCUAAAGUGACAGAGGACAUUCAAAAAAAACCCACCCAACCCAAACAUAAUGAGGAAAUACUUCAAGGAGUCUUGGGCCAGUUGAUCUCGGAUGAGCCAGAGAGCAGCAUCACCUAUGCUACUAUUGACCACACUGAUCAAAAUGCCUCACUGAGGAAAACUGUUAAAAAGGAGGAAGCGGUGACUUAUUCUGCAGUGAAGACAAAGGUAGAAAGUGACUCCAGCGGCUUCUACAGUAUCAUCAGCUAAACUUACCAAAAAUAAAUCAGAGGAAAUAAAACAUCUCAUAAUGUCACUGCUUUUAUUUAAGCUUGCUGUUGUCAGAGAUAAACAUAACCCUACAUCUUUGUCAGCUUCAAAUACAUACAAACAUGAAAUAUGGCAGCAUUACCGUAAAAUACAUGAGUUCAUCCAACUAAAGAAGUAAAAAGUUGUUUUUGUAUAAUUGUGUGUGUGAGUGUUUUUGACAUGUUAUUUAAUUUUUUAGUUUAAGUCAUCCAUAAAUUAAAUUGUUCUCCUCAUGGUCCUGGGUAUUUGACCUAGGUGUUUGAGCUUGGUUGACUUGUUCUUGAUUUUUGCAGAAUAUUGAGUUUCCGAUGUUCAGUGUAGAGUGCCUCUGUUACUUAAGUUCUAGUUCUUAGUUCCUGUUUAAAUUAAUUCCUUCUCCGUCAUUACUCGGGUUGUCCUCCUCAGCGUCCACAGUGUGUAGUGUCAUGUCAGAAUCAUAGAACUAUGAGGAGGAAUAACAAUUAGAUGUCCAAAUGG